AUGGGGACUAGAUCAGCUGCUUAUACGCUAAAGCUUACGAGCUUGCAUGAUUAUUACCAGCGACUACUUCAUGGAACUCAGCCGAUUCCGUCCGGACAGGACAUGGCUAAUACCCUAAAAUAUUUCUCCCAGGCCCUCUUAUCUUUGCUGAAAGAAGUCCGCGAGAUGCCGCUGGAGAUGAUUAAAUCCCAAGAAUUGGAUCCUGAAAGGAUGGUUCUUUAUCCAAGCCUGGAUUAUAAACAACUUUACAAUGCGCUGACCCAGAUUUUGGACGUUGUUUCUUACGUACAUAUUGGAUUAGCAGCAUUCGGACAUGCUUUACUUCAAUGUCUAGCCUGUUUGAUGCCCUUUCUCGAGCAUGAUUUGUUGGACAAUCUUCCUUACCUAACGGCUUCUUCAAUUUCUGUUUUACCGGUCGAGCUUCACCAGGAAAUUGUUAACCAUUUGUGUUUUUACAUUCUUCCCUUUACAAUUACAAGGAAGACACUUGACGAAACAGAAAACUAUGCAAGCCAAUCCAUAUCUGCGGUAAUAAUGAUGGUGUUUCAAUACUCAAGUAAUCCAGCGCACCAUUGUCAGCUUCUAGAAUGUUUAAUGUCCUUAAAAUCGGGAGUAGUCAAGGAUCUUCUGUGUGUAGUUGCCUACGGAACCGCUCCCGCAAGAGCUUCAGCUGCUAAACUUCUAUUUUAUUAUUGGCCCACUUUUAAUCAAAAUCUGUUUGACCGACGGGCGGUAUUAAUGAAAUUUGCCAACGACCUGGCGCCAUUUGUUUGCAAAAGAGACUCUUGCCCUAACGCCGGUAAUGCAGAGGCGGGAAAAGUCUGCUAUGACCACAGAAUCUCAAUAAAGUUCGCAGCUGAAUUACCGGCGCCGCUUUACUUAUGCAUAGAAUGCGCGAAUGAGAUCCACCGCGAACAUCCCAAUCAGAUGUUUUACGACAUCCUGCAUCCCAUGCAGCAAGUUUCGAUGGUUUGCGAGAACAAAAACUGUCGAGCAACGGACAAGUCCGCCAUUAGCGUCUGCUUCUCAAUAGAGUGCGCUAGUUACAACGGAAACCACCCAAUCCGUUACUGUCAACAGUGCCACAAUAUUAGGCACAACAACCGUCGGGGUGGCGACCAUAUUUACCACAUGGCUCUGCCUCAUGUGUCGCAAAUGGACCCGCAAACUCAGACAUACUUGGUCCAAUCAAUCGUCAGCUUGCUCAAGGAGGCAGAACCGCUAAGUAUGGAUAGUAAUCGUGACAACACGGAAAUAAAUACUAAUAAAGGAGGAAUAGGCUUCUCAGGCGGAGUUUCAAUGGGUGGAAGCGGUGCCGGGGGUUAUGGAUCCGGAAGACCUGGUUUGUUUGACCCGUCAACUCUUGAAGAACGCCAGCUUCUAGGUCGGUACGGCGUCUGGCUCCUGGUUGGGCUUUGCACACCCAAAGAAGACACCCCCGUCGAAAUUCUCGGGCGUUUAUUGUCAAUGCUAUUUCAUUGGUUUCAUGUCACUGCGUACUCAUUCGAUGGUACUAAAAAAAGUCUUAUGCACCUUAUCUUUUCUGUUGGCCAAGCCGAAAGUACUCUGGAGAAACUUAAGACAGAGUACGUGUGUGGUUGGCUUUCGGACAUCAUGAAGACUCAUUACACUGUCUUCAUUUCGUGUUUGCUGCCCCAUCCAGCUGAUUACGUUCGCGUUGGCGGCCAUUGGGAAACAUUGGCAUCAAGAACAUCUCACUUGAAAGACGGCCUUAAUAGGCUUUUCUGUUUGGUAAUAACUCCCGAAGUUUGGGACUACGUGAUGCCCCAUUGGAUGGAAGCGAUGGUAAAUGACGUUCCGGAGAACGAAUUGCACGAGCUUAAGAUAAUCCUCUGUAAAAUCCUGGACCCCGAAAUGAGUCCUUUGGGUUUCAACGCGAAAAAGAUGUACAAUUUUGUCGCUAAAAGAUUUUGCAACACAACCGCUAAAGUGCAAGAGCAAGCUCUUAAUUGGCUUCAAACUUUAACAAUGUUGGAGAUCACAAUUCCCUUGACGCAGCUCUUUGCGAUGUUCAGCGACGGAGUAGCGGUUAUGGGCAAGACCAACAGCGCCGAGUUUGACGAAAAGGCGUAUAAAGCCAAGAACACAGAAGAAACCGAGAGCGCCAUCUGCCCUGUAGUGGAAAACGACUCCGGGCAGUCGUCUCCGCUGUCAGAUGACAUGAUACCGACUCCAAGACACAUGGAGUUCACGACCAACGCCGAAUUGAACCUUUCUUGCUGCAUUCUUAUGCUAGACAUCAUUUUGAAACAAAUGGAGCUGCAGGACAUCGACAAACACACAGGUCUGAAUACCUGGGUCUGCAGAGACGCAUGUCAGCUGAUGAAAUGCAUCGUUGCGGCCAAUUGGAACGACUGCCAUGUCUGUAAAACAGACCAAGAAUGCACUUACUGCGAAUCUAGGAUAAUCUGGCACCAGCUGUGCUUCAAAUUAGUCAUCUAUUUGUGUCCCGAAAAUCCAGCAAAUCCUCCGGAUGUCUACAUUGAUGAAUCUGCUGAUGAUCAUGGAAGGAAAAGCCCUCCAGAAUCUUCCAAAAAGUCCGACUCUAAGCCAGAUGUCGUUAUAAACAUGCCAAUGCCAGAGUCGCACUCUGUAGGUGGUGUUCUAGUUCACAUGCCUCACAAGGCUUACUGUGUCAGCGUGUUGAAUCCGUGUUGUUUCCUUUUCUUCGAACAGAUUAUGACUGCCACUGUAGAGACUGUUUCGGAGCAACUGGAUUUAGCAGCCAUCUUGCCGGCGGAGAAGGUUAUGUCCGCUGUAGCGCGAGCUGUUACUUUAUCCGAAAGCGACGUCGCAACAGCGACGGUCAACAUCGACAAGCCGAAUAUAAUCGGCGAAAACGACGAACCGUUGACUCAGAGUCCUGAAAAUGACGCUGACGAUUUCUGGCACACUACCGUCGGAAAGUUCCGUUUUAACUUAGAAGAUCUGCCCGAGCCGCUUCAGUAUAUCCACAAGUUACUAAAAGAAAUAAUGACUGUCGACAAGCCGGACAUUUUGUAUUAUAUGUUACAAUGUCUGAACAUACUAUGUCUGCACGGCGACGCUCUUACUUCAGCAGUAAAAGACCACCAAGGUUUCUUCAUCUGGUCCCAAGAGAACUUGCUGAUUAAAAAUCUUUGGGAAUUGCUGAAUGCAGAGCACUCACACAUCGCCCAAGUAACAGUCCCUCUUUUGCUGCAUUGCAUAACCUUACCCUGCGGAACUGACACCUUCUGGCGGCUAGUUCAGGAAGAGUUCCACAAUUCGGAUUGGCGGGUUAGAUUCGUCGCCGUUGAACGAGUAACAUUAAUCGCGAGAUUCAUGGAUUCUACACCGUUGAAGAACGUAUUGUCACUGCAAGCCGCGUUGGCGAAUGCAUUCUGCUACUUGAUCAGCAGUAUGGACGACGGCAAUGUCUACGUCGCACAAAGAGCAACGCUGAAUCUAGGAACUGUCCACGACGCUGCAGUCCGGUCGUUGAUCAUGUGUUUGGAGACUCAGUUUGAUUCGGUGAUCGUCGACCGGCCAAUGGUGCUCCAAUCACUGUACCAGGUCCACAACAGCCUUAGCGACCGCAGGAUCUUGACUUGGGAGUUCUUCUUGAACAGAUUCGACGCAUUGUUCCUGGAAGCGCAGAUUAGCCUCGAGAAAGUUGGAGACAUAACUUGUCUAAGAGACUUAAGAAACACAGACAUGACCAGCGAGGCGUUUAUGAAGAAGCUUAACCGCGCUCAGGAAGCUCUUUCUCAGUCAGAUGGAAGCGGAACUUCUUCUGUGAAGACACUGAGCGCUAGUUUUGGAACCAAGUGGCCUUACAAACGCACAAUGUCCGCUCCAGCUUCGAUGAUCCCUCGACAGGACACCAAACAAGAAAAAGAAAAAGUUUACAGCCGACAAUACUCAGCGCCAAUUUUAAAACGGAAAAGCUCGAGAUUUGGACUGGGUCAGUUGUUAGGAUCAUCUCAAACUAAUAACAGUUUACCAGAUGGCCACGUUCAUUCGCUGAAUAUGAUAGAAGACACCAGCAACUUGCCAGGAUUGACCUGCAAGAUCGUCGAGUUAGAAGAAGCUGACAAGGAGACUAUGCACUUGUUGGUCUUCCUUUUCAUGCAAUUUUUGUCCAGGCAGGAUCAGGCCUACCCUACCGACGAAAAGACACUCUCGAAAACCCAGGGGAUAGUCCUGAGGCAUUUGUACCUUCUGCUGGGCUACAACCAGACUGAGAGGACCUUCCAUCUCCAGCCUCAGCGCCAGAGGAUAUCUUCAGUGUUCAACGUCUUCAUAUCUAACUUGUCCCAGCUUCUGGAUCAGAACCACGUGAUGGGCUGGGUGAUGAUCCCACCAGUACUGGCCAUUCUUUUGUACUGCCCAUGCCCACCCCAAAGGCUUCCACUUACGGACCAUCAGCCGCCUACUUACAGUCUCUGGUUCCUGGAACCUAACAUCAGGCGCUCUUGGCUUAUGUCUGUUCUUGUCAUUCUUUACAAGUAUGAAUACGGCCAGCAGCCAUGGUGUACUCAAUUGCAGUCGCUAAUAAAGAUAAUCCUAAACACCCUGGACUCUCAGCACCACCAAUGCAAGCGAAUACCCGCUACAGUAGUAAUGCCCGGCCCGCCAUCUCGAUCAAGAGACGUAUCCCAGCCAUCUCUCGGCGCGGACCACGAACUAAUCGGCGUAGUGGGGGAAAUGGACACAGAUAGCCCGCCAAUGCGCACCCAGAUGGUGUCAAUCCACUCCCGCAGCCCAGGAGUUUCUUCCCAAGCCAUGGAAACUCACUGGGAAGAACAGGCUCCGGAUUAUUACAUUAAACACCCAAGCCAUUCAUUCGCGGACGAUCUGGAGUCCGAAUUAGCAGCAAUUCCUGAAAGCCCCAAUUCCGAUACGACUUUGCACAGCAGUGCUGGAUCCCUCGGAGAAUUGGAGGACAGCUCAGCUCUGGCGAGCCGUAGCGCCUCAAUGAUGAUGAUGAUGACCAGGACUUCCAUUCCCGGAGGGUUCCUAUCAAGGUCCGUUGUUCCACAUGACAUUCCUGAGCAUCCCAAGGCCGAAACCAGUCGGCCCACUUGGUUCCUUGGCAAUGAAGAAGAUUCUCAGGCUAGUGGCAAGAAGUGGGGGAUUCAGGAAGGCGUCAAGAUGAUGGUGGCCAGCAGUAUGAUGUCCAGGCAUGAAUCCCAGAGGGUUCCAGUGACCAAAGCUGCUAGCUUGACGGAAAAGAGCCAUGAUUUCGAUAAGAACAAAGCUACAGCUUUGGCUAUCACGACCUCUAACUUUCCUCGAAUUGAGCAGUCUCCAAAAGACAAAAGCCCGAUCCUGAGUAUUCGCACAGACCCUCCAGAAUCUCCAGUUCCAAAGCACUUGGGCCGCCAAAAGAACGUAGAUUACACACCGCCGCUUUCUUUAGCGUCGCCACUGUCUCCGAACCAACUGGCGCCCAGCGACGAUUCAAGUUCACCCGCAGUCAGUUCAAUAUCAUCUUCCCAAGUCACCAGUACGGACAACGGGCAUCAACUAUGGACAGGUCCUGCGUUGGUAACUCCAACAGUAGAACGACUCCUUCCAAUAGGAAACCCCGGAAUGCGUUCAGCAAUCGCAAGAUCAGCCCACAGGUUAAUCCGCGACGACACUUUCGGCUCUCCCGAGUCUCCUUUGUCCAAAAUGGACGUCCUAACCGUCAGCUCUUCAUUCGAGCAAGACAGCGAGACGGGAGCUUCCAGCGACGUUACUAGUCCCAGAAGUAUGUCUCAGCUGGAGUUUCCUAUGCCAGAGCGGCUUUUGCCAAUUGGCGGGAUUCAAGGACAGUGCAUUUCUGGUCUAGUUGAACGAGUCCGUCAGGCUCUAGGCGUUCCAGAGGACGACCAGCUUCCACUGAGUCUCGCUACUGAUCCAGACCGCUCGCCACAGAAGCAAGACAGCACAACGUCAGAGUGUCUCUCCAGCGCAGCUUUGAUUCCAAUCAAUGACCCGCCAAGCCGGUGUGCUAGUCCUCGACGACUCAUCAAGCAAGUGGCUCUGGAGUCGCCUCCUCCCGUCGAAACUGACAAUUUCAGCUUCCAUACCUUCGAGCACGAGCGACGGCACAAGUUUAAUGACUACACUCGAACUCGCGAUCGAAAUCGCCGGGCUUAUAUCGGGUCUAAUCAUCACCAUGCCCUAGGUCAGAGACGCAUGGACUCCUGGACUCCAAACCAGAGCUCCAGUAUGGAUCCUGCAGCUCUUCAAGCUUGCCAUGCUGACUUCAAUCUUAGACAAAGUUCGUUUAGAAUUGGAGACGAGUGCAUCUAUGAUCGCUGCUCAGAAUGCGGGACUAUCAAAGAAGAGUACUCUGAUGAAGAACUAGGACUCUGUAUUAUCACCCUGGGAACUUUUAUCCACCGCGAACCGGCUCUAGCUGCUCCAAUGCUUCCGGAAAUCCUGACCAUUGUUACCAAAGUUGCAUUAAAUGCGAUGUACUCGUGGCAAAACGAGACAAACAUGCACCUACCAGGUGGAGCUAUCAGCGUAGCUCACCAGUUCCUCCGUUGUGUCUUGCACCAAUUGGCGCCCAACGGGAUCUUUGUCCAAAUGUUUCAGACGCAUAUCAAUGAAAACACCCGAAAGCAAUUUUUCAAGAGCGUAACUCAAGCUCUGGUAGACUUCAACGAACUGAACCCAAUUGCACCGAUCCAGUUGUUAUUAGAAACUUUAAACAACAAGAAAUCGCUGCCAGUUGACAACUUGCCGACAAUUCUCCACAAUAUCGCCUGCUAUCUAGACUGCCUUCCCUUGGAAGCAGGUUUAGGCCCCGGAGCUACGACCUGGGGUGGCCUAUUGGCUCAGUUCGAGUCAUUCUUCCGUCGACUAAUCCUCCUGCUUCCCUCUAUAGAAGAUACAACCUCCCUUUUGCGGAUAAUGAUAUCAAUCCUCAAAGUUCCGGGUAUCCAGCAGACAAAGAGCAUCCUGGAGCCGUUCUCCAAGGUCUUGAGCUACUCCAUCCAGCACUGUCACCUCAAGUACUCGUACCUGACAGACCUGUGCCACCUCUGCAACAGAGGCUACCUCAGGGAACGCGACAAGCACUUCUUAGGCCGGACAAUUGUAUUCGAGCUCGUCCAGGCGAUGAAAUUUAAAACUAACAUCCCGGACAACAAUUUCUUGCUGUUGUUGCAAUUCGUGCUUCAAGAUGUCGGUGGUACUCUUCCUUCGACGGUUAAUAUUGAGAAGAGCAUCAACGGAGAAGUUUCUUCGCAGGUUUACAACACUAAUUCUACUGAAACUUUGAGGAACCAAAUGACAGACAUCAUUGACUUCCUCGCUGACGUCCAUUCGCUGAGCAAAAUCAAAAGUUAUAAUAAAGGCUUGCAAGCCGGGUUGAAUGAAGAUACUCUAGGCGGAACGUUGAAGUGUGGAUUCGCCCAGUAUCUAGCUCUAGAAAUCACCAGAGGGAACAACAGGGAGAACAAAGCUGUUGGUCGCUACCUCCCAUGGCUGUACAGCGCGCCAUCUAUGGUUCCUCAGGGAGCGCGCGAGUACGUAGAGUGCAUAGGCCACAUCAGAUUACUGUCCUGGAUCCUUCUUGGUUCUUUAACACACACGGCGAUGAAUGCCGGAAACCAUACGCACACUCACGGACCGCCGAUUCCUGUCGCACAACCUAUUCCUCAAGAAGUGUCAUGUCACGUGGCGGAUCAUGUGCAGGUUAUCUUUUCAGGGUUCCCGGAACAAUCUAAGGCUUCGUUAUGGACAAUUUACUUGGAAGAGCUAUCAAGGUCCAAUGCUGCCAACAGUGAAAGUUACAACGUAACUAUGAAUAUUUUGCUAGAAUUCUGGGGUAAGGUUACCCCAAAUAUUCUUCAGUUGGUAUCAACAUCAAAAGUCUUGGCAGAAAUGGUCAACUUGCACUUCCUGAGCCUACUGGAGGCACUUUUAGAGUGUCAAUCGGUUCUACUGAGCAAACUGUUCCCCCUUUGGAGUCAGAUUUUGUUUUCUCAGCACGUCCAGCUGCCCGGACACUUGCAAAUGCGGUUAAAAAACUGCAGGAACUUUCCACCGACCCGCAUGGCGGACAACUACAUCUCAAACAGGCGCGAGUCUAACGCCAUGUUGUUGCGAUGGUUACGCCGCCUGCAGUUCAGAAUGGGACAGAUAGAGGUCCAGUCGUCUACAGUAACGACCCAGUUUUAUUCUAUAUAA